AUGCAUUACCCUCUACACGUGAGUAUAUCGACGCUAAUACAAUCCUCGUUGACUGACAGAAAAAAAAGAAAAGAGCUUGUUCUAUUGCAGAUAACGGUACUUUGUGCGACGUUCUGGAUCCUUCAGGAUGACGUGUACGCUGCAAAAAACGGAUUAAAUGCUGAGGUGCUGACAUCGUUCGCCAAGAACGUGGCGUCGAUCAUAUCGACGACCUUGUUGGGAGAGUAUCAGGAGCAAUCGACGAACCAAUUAUCUUCCAGUCUUCUGAAAAAGAUACAGGAUGACCCGUCCUUGCUUAAUGCUGAGAAUAUCGAGAAUGAGAGUUUAGAAGAGGCGUCGAAAUUCUCUUCGAAUCGCCAACGGCGGCAAGCACGUUCAUCAAAGGAAGUAAGAGGGGCAUUCCAAGAUGGUUACAUAACGCCGAACCCGCUGGGAUACUCGAAAUAUUAUAAUCCUGAACCUUACAAGCCGUACGAAUAUACGGCGAACCAUGAUGGACGAAUUUCUGGAAAAGAGGACGUCUUCAACGUUCAAACCUCGAAGAACACCAACGUAGAUACCAGAGGCAAUUCUAUCGAUGCAGACAUCAAUGCAGCUUCUGUUUAUUAUUCUGAUAGAUAUCGGUAUCCUGCUGGACACAAUUCUAAUCCUGUUCAUCCAGCGGUAAAUUCGAAUCUUCACCCAUACUUUGGAUUUCAACCUGUUUAUCACCAUUCGCCACCUCAGAAUCCUGGAGAACCAGGUCAACCUUCGGAAAUAGAGGAAAAUAGAAACGAGAAUGGUAGACGUAGACCGUAUAAUCUGAAUUACCAGGCUCAUUUUCACGCUCCUAACCACAGACACGUAGGAUUCUAUCCACAUGGAAGACCGAUAGAAGGGAACGGUCAACCUUCACCACCGGUAAAUGGUCAGGAUGAAAGUAAUCCAUCUAGACUGAUCGACGACCAGAAUCAAGGCCAAUCGACCUUAGGAGGAUACGAUUAUAGUCCUCAUUUUCACUACAGACCACCUUACCACGGUGGUUUCUAUCAUGGUUUUCCUGACUUUCCUUAUCACCCUCAUAAUGUUUCUGAUAAUCCAGGGUACGGAGAACAAGGAGGUAAUUUUACCGGUGGUUAUCCACCCUACGGUCCACCAGGUUUUCCUGAUUAUAAAUACAAUCCUUAUCCUUACUAUUCACCCUUUCCCCCGUACCAUGGGCCCAGAAGACCCGUCGAACCUCAAAAUCCUCCGGAAAAUUCUGGUAAUGGAGAACCGAAUAUGUCACCGGAAAACGGACAGGCUGAUGGGAAUGGAACGGUACAGAAUCGACCGCCCUAUGGAUUUCCACCGUAUGGUCCAGUUUAUGGAGAUUUUCAUUUCCCAGGAUAUCCCUUAGCGGGAUAUAAUGGUUUUCCCUAUCAUCAUUUCAAUCAUGGGUUCCAUAAUCACCUGUUUCCAUAUUUUAAACUGGGUCCUUAUCCUCAUUUUCCAUUGGGUCCUUUUUACAACCACUUUGGUGGUUAUCAUCGUCCUUAUAAUGGCAGAAAACCUAUGAUGAUGCCUGAUAAGCCCAUGCAGGAUGAUAAGAGUACUAGCGAAAACGCUGAAGGGUCACCUCCGAACAGCGACGCGGAAAUGAUAGCAGAGAGCAAAGCGGAAAUAACUGAAAACAAGGAGCUUCCUUCUUGGCUUUUUACCGAAGAAAUUAAAAAGCCAGUAUCUGAUCAAUCUAUCGAGAAGAUAUCUUAA